UCAGUGAUUGUUCAGAGAGUGGAACUUCAUAACCAUGGAGACAUGAAGUCAUGGAGUUCCACCAGACAGCAUGGCCAGGAAGCAAAUGAGACUUCUCUUCUCACCAAGAUGAAUGACACACAAGACGUCCAGGAAGCUUCGGAGACCCUGCGGAGUGACACCCAGAAGCAGGAAAGGGAGAAACCAGAGAAGAACCCCGAGCUAGAUGACAAACUGAGAGCUCCACCAACAAAACAGCAUUCUUCGGUACAUUUCUUCCCAAAGGUGACUUGUUCAAAUGCCACAGCCCUGCCACUCUCAGUAUCCUUUUCACGUGAGAUAACCCUCAGUCACUAUCUGUCCAGCACUGACAUCAGUGAAAUAACCAUCUCAACAAUAGGACCGCUGACUUCCAAAUCCACCGUGAGCAGUCUCCCGGAAGACAGAUACUUUGAUGAUUCAAAAGAAAUCAGUUGCUUCUCAGUUCCAAAGAAACAGACCCUGAGCCUGGAUCAUGCGUCUUCUGUGAUUGGGGAAGGAGAGGAUUAUUUCCUUUCUUUGUUUAAUAAACCGAAGAAAUUUAUUUCACAAUCAGGCCAUGUCCAGAAAAUUUACAAACACUUCUCCAUGAUUCUUGAAGAAGUUGGCCAAUCUACAUCCAGUUCUCUUGGUGAUAUUAAAAUAGCCGAAGUGAAUGUCAAAGGUUUAUUUGUAAGGCUCGUGAAUGCUUCCCCUGACAAAGAACUGGAAAUUGGAAAUCAUAUUCUCCAACAAAAUGUGAAUGGACAAGCACUCUGCCGGUACCGAUUCAUUCCAAACAUCGUAAUGCAGGCCAGUUCCACAGUCACUAUAUGGGCAGCAGCAUCAGAAGCAAAACACCAGCCGCCAUCAGAUUUUCUCUGGAAAGAACAGAACAGAUUCAGAACAAGUCCAGACUGUACAACGAUCCUGUGCAAACCUAAUGGUGAGGCUGUUGCCUGGUACACUCCUAUCCACUGGAAGCAAGCAUGGGAAAAAUUAGAGACUGACAUUGAAUUUGACAGACGUUCAAUAGUAGCUCCAACAUCCCGAAGGCACAUGUUUCGAUGGACAACAUUUGAAACUUCAGUAACUGAAGAUAAUCCUGACCAGCCUACGAAAGAGACCUCAACAUUUGAGGUAGAACAAGAUCAACAUGUUCUUAAGAGAGAAAAGGAACUCCCACCAACCCUUUUCCCUAACCGCAGUCCUUGGUGCCAAAGUCCUUCAGUCCCUGCACAUCCCUACUGUCCCCUGAUUGACCCACAUGAUGCAUCAACUUGUGCAGGAAGUUUGAGUGGAAUGGGCAAGUCUCGAUCAACCAGGCCCGAUCCAGCCUCGAGAGUACCUUGUGACAGUGAUGACUCCAUGCAGCUUCCGAACUAUUGUUACUGCAAACACAGAGCCAACAGAAGCAGGGAAGCCUGACCCCAUGGCCACCGCAAAAACUGUUUUCCUCGGCCUCUACUGCAGCCAGUGGGAUCGUGUGUCAACAUUCCUUACAACAGAAUGCAAACAGAUACCGGACAUGCAACAUUUGGGUCGUGCCCUUCGAGAAUGGUUGAAAUAGAGAGAGAGCAAGAGAUUGAAAUCAAGAUCUCCCAUCACUGAUUUACUCCUCAAAUUCCUACAAGAAUAGGGACUUGGUCAGGACAAAGCCAGGGGCCUGGCAGCUGGUAGUGAUUCUCACGUUUCUACAAGAUCUCUUAUUCUAAAAAACAAACAAGGAAUGGAAAAAAGAGAAAUUCUAAGUUACCAAGCAAUAGACAGUCAACUCCAAUCUCUAAAUAAAGGGAGGCAGAGGUGCUCAUUGAUGGAAGAGGUAAUUACACCACCAUGAACCGCGAAGCAAGAUUCUGGACUCUCCCCUCUCAAACGGCAGAGACAGAAGGAAAAACAGCCUCAUAUUUGCUGGGAUAAAUCCUUAACUGCCCUGAUGCUGACAUACACGCUGGACUGUCCAGGAAUUAUGAAAAACAAGGUGCACCUGAGAACCAGUGAGAAUGGCCAGCAUCAUGGCAAUGCCAGACUCAAAUGUAAGGUACAUGCAAGGACUGCCUAUUUCCAUCAUGGCUCAAGACAAGCUCAAGGAGGGAGCAAGAAUGGGACAAGACCCAGGUCUAUGGUGGGCAUGUGCUGCCCUGGGAGGAAGCAUGGCAUGUGGAAGGACAACUGAAAUCUACAGAGUGCCAAGUUCAACUUCCCAUUUGAAUAACAGCUCAGCACCUGGUGCUGUGGGCUCUUUUGCCGCCCGGUUGGAGGCAAAGAGUUGAGAGUUUGCAGGACCGUGUCCAUGACCCCAGCAUUGGCUAUGAUGCGAUAUCAGAUUUUCUCCUGUCCUAAGCCAUUCCGUACAAAGAAGACUAUUUGCCAAGCUCGAGUGACACUUUGGGAAGAAAAUAAUUGUCAAGUUUAAAUAGAGUUCGCUGAUCAACCAUUCCCACCAUUUGUGAGUCAUUUGUUCUUGCUUGUUUCUGGAUGGAUUCUGUUGGCUGUGCAACAUGCAUAAAGGAGAGUAUGAAGGGUUAUAAUUCUGGAGUCUUCCAAUCCGGUUGCGGGAAGGCUGGAAGAGUGAUAGAACAAUUAUUUCUAUCUCGUAGCUGUAUGAUUCUUCUCAGAAAAUGAUGGGUGUUCAAGUGGGUCAGGCUUGUAUUCUCAGUUCGCCUCUGGAAAGAAUCAUUGCUAAAAGAAAUGUACACAUAUCAAAAGUAUGUUUGACAAAAUACAGUCAAGGGUCAUUUGUGUUUGAAAAAUGGAGAGAUCUCAUAACGCAUAAACUUAGAACUUAGUGAAAAAAGAACACGAAAAACAGAAUAAAAGGAAUACUGUUAAAGACCA